AUGUUUAAUCAUGUGAGGGAACAGUUGUGGAAAAAAUUAAAUGCUUGGAACACAAAGUUAUUAUCUGCUGCCGGAAAAGAAGCGUUGAUCAAGGGAGGAAAGGAAUUCCUUGGAUGGGAUGGUGGAACUUUGAAGCUUUUAACAGGAUGGUGGAACGUUGAAGCUUUUAACAAGGCAAUGGUGGCUAAACAGGCGUGGCGGAUUUUAGAAUAUCCUACUAUUGCAUGUGGAGCUUGGCGUGUUUGGAAGAUUCGCAAUGAUCUAUUGCAUGGGAAGAAUGAACCAUAG